CUCCUCCUCCUCCUCCUCCUCCUCCUCCUCCUCGCUCGCUCCUUCCCAUCCAGCACCUCUGCACCGGGUCGCCAGCCUCCACAGGGGCUGCGCGCGCGGGCGGCCAUGAGCGCGAUGGCGGCUGCGGCCGCCGGGGCGAUGGCGCGGCGGCUGGUGCCGCGCCCUGGUGGCGCGGGGGCGGCAAGGAUGGCCGCCGCUGGCGGCGCUGCCGCCAUCUCCGCUCUCAGCCUGCUGCCCUCGGCGAGUGCGAAGGAGACUCCGCCGCCGUUCACCCUCGGCGCGCCGAGGUACGACCAGUCCACCUACCUCGGGAGACUGCGGACCAUCCUCGAGAAGAUCGAGCCCAGCUCGCUCUUCGUGUCUGAGGCUGAGGUGAGGCGCUGCCAGGCGCUGCUGGACGCCUUCGCUGCCACUGGCGCCGCCCCGCCAGGCACCAGCGACGAGGAGCUGUGGCGCGCUCGUGCGACAGUUGAUGCCUGCAUCCAUCCCGUCAGCAAGGAGGUGAUGUUCGCGCCUGGCCGGAUGGCGGCCUUCGUGCCCAUGAACGUGCCCAUCUGCUUUCUCAUGCUGAACGCCCACAGCUACCCGAUGGUGCUUUUUAGCCACUGGGUGAACCAGAGCUACAACGUGGUGAACAACUACGUGAACAGGUCUUCCCUGGAGGUAGACUGGGCUGGCCUCCUCAAGCCGUACGGUGUCGCCGUGACCGUGUCCUGCGGCAUCGCGCUCGGGUUGAAGAGGGCCAUGGUGGCCUUCCCAGGCCUCGCCAAGCUGGGGCUCUUCGUGCCCUACUUUGCGGUCAUCUCCGCGGGCGCGUGCAACGUGGCGUUCACCCGCAUUCGUUUGGCGCGGGCGAGGCGUCUGCAUCUUCUCCCCCGACGGCCAGGCGCUGGGCAUGUCCCUCAGCGCGGGCCGCCAAGCCGUGCUCAGCACGGUCGCCACGCGCUCGUGCGUCCUGCCCAUCUCGGUGCUGCUCGUGCCGCCGGUGGUGAUGCGGCUGCUGCCCCUCGCCGGGGGCGCAGCGACCGCGGCGGAGCUGCUGGUGAUCAUCCUCGGGGAGCAGAUGCCGGCACAGGCACGGACCUUCGGAGGUCCGCCCGCGCCGAGCCAGGGACUCCGCGCGGGCCUCCAGGACGCUCCCGUGCAGUGCCCGCCUCUGCGCCCCGAUCGUCGGCUGCAUCUCGCUGGCGCUGCCGUGCACCCUGGCCAUCCUCCCGCAGGAACUGUCGCUGCCCGUGUCGAGCCUGGAGCCCGAGUUCCAGGGCCUCCUUGGCGCGGACGGCCGGCCCGUGACCACCGUCGUCGUCAACAAGGGCCUGUGACCUCCGCGGGCGGCCGCCGCCGCCGCCGCCGACGCCGUCGUCUUCUCCGCGCGCCGCCCC